AUGAUAAGCACUACUCCCGAACCCGAUGUCUUAGAGACAUAUGGACAACAUUUUAAAAGACCCCUAACCAUGUGUGAAAACCGCGCCUGUCAAAACCGAAUGUCGACUUGUUCAGUGAAUUCCUUCUUUAACUCUGGAAUAGUCCAAACCCCAGACAGCGAUCCCUCGUCUUUCGAAGAACCGGCUAUCAAUUCGACCCUUUUGGGCUGUAAAUGGGAGAAACUCUGUGCCAAAUACGGGAUGAGUUGUGGUGAGAAUAGCAAAUGUGCUAAUGUCUCGGCUUUAAUCAAUGCUUCAGUAGUAUUGACGGCCGGACGCAAUAACGGGGAGAGUAUGUGUGCGGACACAGACCAACUCCCGGCACUGCUGCCAAAUAUGGUUAUCCGAUCCCUAUCUCCUCCAAACCAGUGA